AUGUCGACCGUUCAGACUCUCGCCCCGGUUUCGCCGCCCGGCGGAGUUUUCGCCUCAGUCUUCUCGCCGUCCUGGGUCAAACCCCCGAAAUACCGGCAACGCUUCACCCCGGCGGCGCUCUCCACAAUCCCAGACACUAAGGCAACCCUACACGCCCUUCUCAGAUCUCUGCUCGGUAUUGGUGACGAAACUUUUAUCUACGGACAAGAUCGAUGGGUUCCGAAUUUGGGCGGACCGUUUCACAGCCACUUCGAGUCCUGUUCGCCGCCCGACCAGAUCCGGCAUCCAACCUUAGCGGACCACGCCGCCCAGGAUGCAGAAGAGGCUCAGUCUCCGCUAUGGAGGAAUCUACCCAGAUGGAGAAGCGUGGUGGGGUCUGAACCACUCAAGAAACUCCUGGCCGCCGUGCUUAAUGAUCUGAUGACCGAGUUUGUGACCUGGUCUUAUGCAGGAGUCUACCGGCACAGUCUUCACCUUCACCUGGAAUUCUGGGUGCAGCAUCUGUUUGCGAGGAUCACCCAGAAGGCGCUCGCUAGCCUGGACGGCUCAGCAGCAUCAAGCACCAUCUCUGUCCCGGAUGCCGAGGCGAAGAAGUGGAAAGACAUGGCCACUGCGCGCUUGGGCGCUCUGCGGGUGGACGAGCUAUUCGACAUUGUUGUGGACUGGGAUACCACCGCGCCAGCCAUCGACGAUUUGAGACACUUCACAACAAACCCUGCCACGAGGAGCUACCUGACACACAACUUUGCCAAUGUCCUCCAAACACGACUUCUGCACCCCGGUGCAUCCACCAUCAACAUCCUCCAAGUCUACAUUUCAGUCAUCCGGUCGUUCCGCAUUCUUGACCCGAAAGGGGUUCUACUCGACCGCGUCGCGAAGAAGGUGCGGCGUUAUCUGCGCGAACGAGAGGAUACGGUCAAAGUGAUCGUGGCCGGGCUGCUCAGCGACACUGUAGACGAAGAUGGACAGCCCUCCACCCCGGAUCCCGAAACACUCGCCGACCUGGCGGUUGAGCUAACCAACAACAGCGCUCAAGACGGAGGUGCCGACGCCAGCGAGUUUGACUGGAACGACAUGGACUGGGUGCCGGACCCGGUGGACGCGGCGCCAGACUACAUGAAGUCCAAGAACAUUGACGUGAUCGGAAGCCUGAUCACGCUGUUCGACACCAAGGACGUGUUUGUCAAGGAACUCCAAAACACCCUGGCAGAGCGUCUGCUGAAGAACAAGGCUGACUUCAACCAAGAGAUCAGCGUGCUGGAGCACUUGAAGAUCCGACUCGGGGAUGCGGCGCUGCAAGGGUGCGAAGUUAUGCUGCGAGACGUGCUCGACUCACGCAAAGUCGACAACGUGAUCCGACGGGACCAAGGCAUGCAAGACGACAGGGGCCGGCCGCGCCAGGCGGACGACGUGCAGCUCCACGCGAAGAUUCUGUCGCGGCUCUUCUGGCCGACGGUGCCAGAACAGGCAUUCCACGUGCCCCAAGUGGUGCUGGAGCAACAGCAGACGUACGAGCGAGGGUUCGAAGCAUUAAAGCAGUCGCGCAAACUGACCUGGCUCAACGCCAUCGGGCAGGUCGAGGUCGAACUCGAGCUCGAGGACCGCUUCUACCGCGACGAGGUGCUGCCUUGGCAAGCCGUGGUGAUCUAUGCAUUCCAGGAGGCUGACGCCAAUGCUGAGGCCAAGGCUGAGGCUGGCUUCGCAACGUCGCCGGCCCAGAAGACCGUGACAAGCCUGGCGUCAGAACUGGCCAUGUCGCCGACCCUGAUCCGGUCGGCCUGUAUCUUCUGGGUCUCGAAACGAAUCUUGACCGAAGUCGGUCGAGACACCUUCGCCGUGCUCGAGCGACUACCUGCCGGCAUCGACGCCGUCAUGGGCGGAGGCGACGAUGCGGGAGCAGCGGCAGGAGCAGCGGCAGCGGCCGGAGCAACAGGAGGAGCGGGCAGACGGGCCGACGACUCGAACGCCACUGCCGCCGCCGCCGCCGUGGCUGCCGAAGCCGCAGCGGCCCAGGCGGCCAAGGAGGCAGAAGAGGCCGAGCGCCAGCAGAAGAUGGCCAUGUACCACCAGUUUGUGGUGAGUAUGCUGACCAACCAGGGCGCCAUGCCGUUGCCGCGCAUCGCCAUGAUGUUGGGCAUCGUCGUGCCCGGAGGUUUUCCAUUUAGCAACGAGGAGUUGAAGGAGUUUCUGGCCGGCAUGAUCAAAGAGGGUGUUUUGCACGUUGCCCAUGGCGGAGCGUACAAGGUUUCUUCAUAA